UAUACUAUCAUGGAUAUGUAGUGAUUAAGAGCUUCGUAGUUUAAUUAACUACUGUUGCACUUCUUCCAUUUUAGAUUUAGUACUGGAAUUACAUAGAAUACGAGUGAAUGAAUUUGAGUGAUAGUGGUUCCUGUUUGUUCAAUGGUGCCUAAAGCUGCGAAAUAGUAUGUUGAUAUUUGAUGAUUUUGUGAACUGCGCAAAGAAUAAGAUGACAAGUGUCGCUUAUAGUUACAUGACCCUGGAUACUGUUGCACAUGGUGGUGUUCCUGGAAACCAGAAGUCGUCAGCAUACCGACAGCAACAUUCCAGGGAAAGUUCUGUCACUAGUGGAAGUUUAAGUAGAAAUAGUUCAUCAAAAAGGCGGAAGAAAAAGAAAUGCGAUUCCAAAAAUAAGGUGAAGGUACAAAUUUGUGUGCAGUUCUUCAAAGUUGGAGAGAUCGACACACUUAAAGAACAAUUUACUGCAGAUGUGAUAGUGAAAGCUAAAUGGAGGGAACCUAACUUAGAUGGGCAAAAUAAAACGUCUGAAUCCACAGAAUUCAACAAGCUCUGGAACCCCAAGUUGUACAUUGAGAACUCUCUCGGCGACCCAAAGGAACAAAUCCGAUAUCGCCUACUAUACAAUGACAAAGGGGAGGCAUUCGUUACAGAGAAGAGGGUCAUUAAGGGAACAUUCAUGGAGAAUUUGGAAUUGGAUGACUUCCCAUUCGACGUUCAGGAUUUAACCAUCACUGUUGCCUCAGAACUGCCAUCAUAUGAAGUGGAACUAAUAGAAGAUUUAGACGACCACCACGUGGUCAAUAAGCAAUCGUUUGUUGAUGAACAAGAAUGGCAUUUAUAUAUGCAUACCGAGUGCUCUCGAAGGGACCUUGUGAUUGACCAAGCGGACAAUAGUGUCCGGCGCUCGGCUCUUUCCGUCAAAUGUCGUGCUGCUCGAAGACCGGGCUAUUUUGUAUGGAAUAUAUUUCUUGUCACAUUUUUAAUAUGUACCUUAGCUUUUGCUACGUUUUCGGUGAAGAAAACAUUACCCCAAAAUCGCCUCCAGUUGUCUUUCACUUUAGUUCUCACAGCAGUGGCUUUUAAAUCAGUCGUCAAUUCCAGUCUACCAAGGAUAUCCUAUCUAACGUACAUGGAUAAAUACCUGCUAGCAGCAAUGAUAAUGCUGUCAGCAGUGUGUGUGUGGCAUGCAUUGGUCACUGUUGUCCAAGAAACCAUCGCUGACCGGGCGGAAACAAUUGUUCUCAUCGUACUUGGAAUCAUCUAUGUCAUCUACAACGUCGGUUUCCUCAUUAUUAUUUACCUCUAUCCAUGGAAGAAAAGAAGAACGAUGGCUCAAAAGGACAGAGAUUACACUGUACACUGUGCAGUACAACAUUCUGCGUCAAUGCUAGAAAAAUCCUAUUCGUAUAGAGGACGAAGGAAAUUAUCAUCACUUCUGAAACAAGCAGGAAGGACUACGUCUUGUGAAGAGCAAGUUGUAACACGGGAAGGCGACACCGGAUGUGGCCUUUCUGAUGUGAUCAGUUCUGACGAGCCGUCUGUUGUCGACUUACACACAGUCACGGUGGGCAUGCAGAAUGACCAUGAGAGUGACAGAGAAAACCAAAAACUGAAAUCCAAAGAAAUCCGAAAAAAAUGUACACCCCAGGUGUGACUUUUGUAAGGAACGAAUGAUCAGCACAUGUCAGUGUUCAUUCCAUUCGUCUUUAGUUCAUUGUUUAAUUGUUGUUUUAAAAAAGGUGUUAUGCAAAUCAUAGACAUCAAACUUGAUGUUUUAAUGACGAUUUACAGGUGCAAGUGAUUUUUUGUUAAAUCAGAGAAUUUUACCUCCCAUAUAAUGGCAUGUGUAGAUAUGACGGGGAGAUUUUGAGAAAGUUUACCUGUUAAUACCUAAUAAAUGAAUACUAUACUUA